AUGGCUGAGCUGCGCUCGUGGCUGUCAUGGCUUAUCGCCUCCCUCAUUGCCGUCUGCUUCCUUGAUCUCCUAGCACAUCCACGCCGCGGUCUCCCACCGGGGCCUCGCCCUCUGCCCCUUGUCGGCAACCUCCACCUCCUCGGUGAUCAGCCGCACCGCUCCCUUGCCGGCCUCGCGAAGCUCUACGGCCCGCUCAUGUCCCUCCGCCUGGGCACGGUCACCACGGUUGUCGUGUCCUCCCCGGAAGCCGCACGCGAGUUCUUGCAGAAGCACGACGCUGUCUUCGCGACGCGGUUUGUACCAGACGCCACUGUCGACCAUGCCAAGAACUCCGUCGUCUGGCUGCCCAACUCGCCGCGCUGGCGCGCGCUCAGAAAGAUUAUGGGCAGGGAGCUUUUUGCGCCGCACAGACUGGACGCGCUCCAGCACCUCCGGCGUGAGAAGGUGCAGCUGCUAGUGGACCACGUCGGCCGGUUAGCACGUGAGGGCGUGGCGGUGGACGUCGGCCGCGUGGCGUUCACAACGAUGCUGAACCUCCUCUCGAGCACUAUGUUUUCUUGCGACCUGACAAAUCUGGACGACCAUGGCGAGUCCAAAGGGUUCCAAGAAGUGGUAACGGAGAUCAUGGAGGCCGCGGCCAGUCCGAACAUGUCGGACUUCUACCCAGCGCUCGCGGCUGCCGACCUGCAAGGCUGUCGCCGGCGCUUUGCCAGGUUGCUUGCACGGCUGCACCGGGCGUUCGACGUGGAGAUCGACCGGAGGGUGCACGACCGCAAGGCUGGACAACCACGAAAGGACGACUUCCUUGACCUGUUGCUGGACAGCGAGAUGGACAACAAUGGCACGGCGGGGCUUGAUCAUAUCGUGACACGCUACGGUCGAUGUUUACGGUAA